UGUCCGCGUUCCGUCGAACAGAUUGCGACAAGUGGUGCGUUUCAUUCAGCUGUAUUUUGUUUCACUAUAGAGGUGCCGUGAGAGCGGAAAGCGUGAAUGAGGGUGUGGUGACAGGAGGAAAAUUGUAUUUAUAUUUUUUCCUUUGCUUUUUCUUGGGUCUCCCUCGCUCGCUGCCGGUCGGUGGCGCCUUGUAUCGUCGUGUCACGCGCGUGUCUCACGUCCCCAAGCCUCCCCCAGGAGCGGCCGGAGAACUGGUUAAGGACUGGCAGUGCGUACGUGUUCUAACUGCAAAAUUCGGCUGUGGAUUCUUUUUCGUGCUGCCUUUCGGUCGCUCGACGUGCGGACAGAUGACGCGUUCCGUGAUCGAAAACGAAUUGUCUGAAUGAAGAAGGUGAUUCAAAAGCGUCAUCAAUUUUUCGCACCAAAACACGUGUCGUAGAACGGAAACGGUGUGUGGUGCCCCGAGGAUAACCCUCCCAGACGGAUUACUCGUUCUGAAUUUUCCCAGCUGAAAGAUCUUCCCGGUGUUGCCUGCAUCGCCUGACACAAGGAUUACCAGUGGAUUUUUUUUUACCUGAGUGGGGAGUUCAGUGAUGAUUGGCUGGUGAGAAAUGAACGUGGAUGCCAAACGAAAAUAGCACUUGGCGUGUGGAAAUUUUAUAGCCUUUGGCGAAAAGCGAAACGAAGAUGAUUCAUGCUUAGUGAUUGUAAUUUGUGACAAAUUUUGGAAUAACAAGUUUUACGGUGAUAUCAUAGCCUGCAAAGUGAACCAACAGCAACUUUUCAUCAGACAAAGGAUUACCGAAUGGGAUUACACGAUUGGAGAAUUAAUUUAGCAAGUGAAAGCUGACCUCACCAUCCGCAACGAGUCGGUAGUUAGUGAGGGGUGAACGAAGUGAACCCAUGGAGUAGAAUCAAUCUGAGGAUUACCAGCAGGAUUAGAAGAUUCUAUGUAGUGAAAGUGUGAAAAAUGAUCUAGUGGCUUGAAGUGAUGCACAGUUGAAUAAAUUAUUCUGUGAAUAAUUCAUAUCCGAAAAAGAGGUAUAAGUGAUUGCUUCCCCUCUUCAAAAGUGUUCAAAUAAGCGGCACGAGUCUCACCACGCUCGCGUGCUAAUGAAAUGUCGUCGCUGCAGUGCCGUCGCCUCGUCGUCAGAUGAUACCAAGCAGGAGCAGCAGCCAGCAGCGAAUUUCCAGUCCACCGAAGUUCCCCUCGACGCCUCCGAACAAAACCUCAGGGGAGCGGGACUCGGCCGGAGUUAACACGGGAACCGUGAAGCGUCGACCCUCAUCGCUGGGAUCCAGGGAAAAGCCACCGCCAGACGAGUGCAAAAAUGAGGGCCAUAAAAGCGAACAGUUUGGGACCGGAAACGGCAACGCUGCCAGUGUUCCUAAUCGAGGAAACAUGAAAAGUGCGAAACAGUCCAAAAUUGCGGUGCUCCGACAGAAGGUGGUUGAUGAAAGCAGUAAAGCAAAGAGUCCACCAUCGGCAGGCUCUAAAAUCUCCGUCUUUCAAAAAACAUCCAAUCUACUGACGAAAACAACGAAUGACAAUAAACCGACAUCUCAGCAAAAACUUAAAAACAACAUAAUCCCUCCGAAAAAGCUAGUCAAACAAUCAACCUCAAGCGGCGACAGUGCGGGAGGUCGCGGUCUGAAAAAAGUCACUUUUAUCGCUGGCCUCUCGGUGGAGGGGGCCCCAAUCAAGGCGAGCACGGUGAAAGCAAUUGUACGGUCCCGACAGCAGUCCCUCAGUGACACCGGCGUACAGUUUAAAGAACUUUAUCGGGAUUUUCCGGUGGGGGGAAACAUUUCCGCCCCGUCAGACGGAGAUCAAGUUAAUCUACCUGUCCCUCCACCGUUGCCGCCCUAUCGAGAGCCUCCACCACCACCCCCGCCAUCAUCCACGACGGAAAAGGUGUUGUUGGAAGUCAUCCAACAGGAUCUAAUUUCGAUGGAGCCUGUCAGCAAGAAUGAAGACGUCAUUUCGGUGGCUACGACGAAAGAGGCCAACAGUAGGUCCAAACUCAAGGGAUUUGGCAGCCUCAGUAAACUGAUAUCGUCUUCCACGGGGCUGGGGGAGAAGAAAAGCAAUAAUUAUGUGACACUGCCGUCCUCGCCAAAAUUUAGUAAAAUGUCUUCCAAAGGAGCAGUCGAACUGCCUGCACCACCGGCGCCAGCACCCCCUUCGCCACCACCUACUCCGGAGGUUGCUUAUGAAGGAAAGCUGGAAUCAUCACCAGACGACAUCCUAACGAAACCGGAGUUUUCCUCGCUGGUAUUGAAAAAUUUGCCCGUCCGUCAGAGGAAAGGUGCGGUUCCUCAUUUGGAGAAUUAUUGUUUGUUCGACCCGUCGGUUGACUUCUUCAACGAGAAGGAGCACAAGAUGAGGACGAUACCGGAAACUGUCGAGCUAGCGGAUCCUUUGUUGUAUCAAAAUCCUUUGAUCUACGAUGCGGCAGAUCGAGAUUCCGAUAACUAUUUCACUAUCGAACCGGAAAAUUUUGAUGUUGAAGCGAGAAAUCGGCUCUCCCUGGAAAGAGUGGAGGAGAAAAUUGAUGAAAUUUUCAACAAAACUCGGACGUCGUCUUCCUCAAGCGGUUCAAGUCCCGACUAUCCGUCCAUGGUGAACUCAGUGAUUGAAACUCCUUCCUCGAACUUGGAAUCAACGGAUGAAAGCGACUACGGGUUCCGGAACCGUUUGAUAGACCAGCUCAAGGUUGUAACGAAAUCGAUAUCCGGUUCCAUCAACGGCGACCAGCAGGAGUCCUCGUACUACGGUGUGGUAACAAAAACAGCUGUCACUCAGUUCGAACGCCUCCACCGUCAGCAAUCGGCGUCGCUCCCGAAUUCACCCCUGCUUCAACAGCGAAAAAGUGAUGAAUCAUCGUCCUCAUCACCUCCCUCCUCCUCGACCAAGACAACAGACUCGUCCUCCAACGGGCCAUCCAGUUCGGUCCACGAGACACUUUGCUCUGGAGACCCAUCAUCCGGUAGUCCCCCACCUCCGGCACCCACAUAUUCGCACCCCACUUCCUCGAGCAGGACGACGACGAAAAUUAAAUCAGACCCGCCCGCCAGCAAGGUUAAUUUUCUUCCGUUCCUGUCCUUCGACUCGCUCAAAUCCAGUGUGUCAUUGCCCCACCUCCAGAAGGCACCCUACACCGGUGCCAUCAGCAAGCACAGCAACGGUUGCGGUGUCCCAUAUCGAAACGCAUCCCUCGAUGCGACGCCCCUGUUCAAUCGUCUUCGGAAGCAAAGGCCACUGUCGAACCACAGCGAUGCCGAUAGUGGCUUUCUGAGUCCGGCCACGCCGCCAGAUUCAACGGGCCAGUCUAUCCAGAAUCAGAUUCUUGCCGCCGAGCAGCAGCGCCAACAGAAGCAGGAACAGGUGAACAAUAGUGAUACGGUGAUUGUGUUGGAACAGUGCGACAGCAUCCAGGAGUUGAUUCAGAUCUACACUGACUGGGCCAACUACUACCUGGAGCGGGCCAAAUCGAAGAAGAAGGUUUCCGAUCUGUCUGCCGACUGCCGCGAUGGACUGCUGCUGGCCGAGGUGAUCGAAGCGGUCACCACAUUCAAAGUACCUGAUUUGGUGAAGAAACCAAAAACACCCCAACACAUGAAGGAGGUUGCUCCCGACGAGGGAAGUAAAAAGCUUCUCUAUAGCAAGAAGUACUCCUCGCUCAAGGAUGGUGAUGCUGGAAAUCUGCUGGGUACCACGAAAAAACGUAAGAAGCAACUGCCUCUGUUCCACGAUAAAUAA